AUGAAGUUGCUAUCAUCAUCGCCUUCCUUUUCUUCCUCCACUAUUUGCACCUCCUCUGAUGCAUACUUGUGCAGUCCUAAAGGUUCAACAAGUGGUGGAUGCAUCACAGGAGUCUUGCGCAGAAUCCUUUGCUCUCGCAGCCUCCCUACUCAUCCAUUUGAGUGUGACAAGGACAGAGAUCAGUUCAAGCCCAAAGGGAAGAACGAACCAAACACAACUCCAGGCAUCGUCGCGAGGCUCAUGGGCUUGGAAUCUUUACCAAACUCCAGCUCAACGCACACCCACAAAUCCCCUAAUUCAAUUUCAAGAAGCCGGUCCCUGAAUUACUUGGACUUCAAAGAAGAUGAGUGCGACGAUGACGAGACGAAAUGGCAGCAUCUCCGAGUCAGUUCGACGCUGUCGUUCCGGGAGACGCCGACGUACCUCGAGAUAGAAAACGAAGAGUUCUUGGUUUUGAAUUUCGGAAACGGCAGUGAAAAAGAAGGGAGGAAGAGAAGAUCAAGCAAAAGCAAAACUCAAUGUGGAAAACCGAAGGGGGAAAGUGAAAGAGGCGGAGCUACAGAGUCAAGCUCAAGCGAUUCAGUUUUGGCGAACGAUGAUCUGGGCACACCGGAAACAUUACGUUCUCAGGUUACGAAAGUGUGUCAAAGUGUUCGUAGCUUGGAAGCAGCGUGCGGCUCUGAAGAAGAUUCAAGCCCAGUUUCAGUUCUUGAUUUUGGCGAAUUCAUUAGUGACCCUCAAGUGUCCACAUCAGAUGACUCGAGAUCGGAACGUCCAAGCUCGAGGAAGAAAUUGGCACCGGAGCUUGAAAACAACGAGCACUCCUCUCCACGUAGCGACAGUGAUCUCCUAGACGAUCAGCCGAAGCAAAGCGAAGGCAAGCGUCAUGGAUCAAGGAAACGAAGACAGAGCUACUCGGAAAUGUGGAGCCAGAUCUGCAAGAUUAGCGAGGAAGAGACGAUUGAACUCGAUUGGUUGGACCCAAGAAUGGUGAGGCGUGAAGACAUUGAAGGCAUCGGCCAAGAACUUGAACUGCAGAUCUUUUGUGAGUUGCUAGAUGAGCUACUAGAUAAUACAUCUUCGACUCCUGAAUGAAAAAUUGUGAAACUUGACUUUGUACAUUGACAAUAGAUAGUGUAAUAAAAUAUACCGCAUCAACUUUCUGCAACUGGAGUUCUUCACCCGAAGCAAAAGAGAGAAGAAAAAACAGCCGAAUUCUGGAAUUACUAUGCUUUUGGUUAACCGGAACAGGGGACCCUGGAUUUCAAAUUUCCAGGGUCGGCUGGUCGGUCAAAGGAAGUGCAAAUUUUUAAAGCGAUUUCAAACGAACGUUCGCCUUUUUCUCUUUCGA